AUGAAAUAUGACAGUAAAACUUUAUAUUCAUAUUUUGAUGAAACUCAAGGAAAGAUUUAUUGGGAGGAAAUUGUUGAAAUGCUUUGGGGGAUAUCUGGAAGACUUGAAUACAUUCAUGAUAAUGGAUCAAUACAUGGAAAUAUUCAUGGAGGAAUUAUACUU